UGACUAGAAAACAUAAUUUGGUACCUACGCUCUUCCACUUCGCUGAAAUGGCGGGUUGGAAAGCUAGCGCUAAAUCUCGAUAAAUUUGUUUGCUCUAUUACAUAUCAUCAGACUGUAAGAUUUAAUUAGCUUAGGUGACUACAGCAAUAUGUCAAAGAAGAGAGGCCUUAGUCUUGAUGAAAAGCGACAAAAGAUGCUGGAAAUCUUCUAUGAAAAAAAAACGUUUUUCCAGCUGAAAGAAUUGGAGAAAAUUGCACCAAAAGAAAAGGGAAUUACACCGAUGUCAGUAAAAGAUGUUUUGCAAAGCUUGGUUGAUGAUAAUCUUGUGGAUAGUGAACGCAUUGGAACAUCUAAUUAUUUUUGGUCCUUUCCUAGCAAAGCUGUUCACACUAAAAAAAGAAAGAUUGAAGUAUUCUCUGAAAAAAUUGAUGAGUUCAAAAGGAAGAAAGCUGUGAGUUUAUCACGAUUGGAAGAAAUGAAGAAAGGGAAGGAAAAUACAAACGAGCGUGAACAAAUUUCAACAGAACUUGAACAACUGCAAGAAGAGAACAAAAAGCUUUCCCAGCAGCUUGAACAAUACCGUGAAAGUGAUCCCGAAGUUUUGAAAGAAGUAUCGAAUCAAUGUCAAAUUGCUUUUGAAGCUGCCAACAGAUGGACAGAUAACUUAUUUUCAUUGAAAUCGUGGUGUAGCAAAAAAUUCAAUGUCGACACAAAAGUUAUGGAUAAACAGUUUGGGAUUCCUGAGGAUUUUGACUACAUUGAGGAAUGAUAUUUAUCAUAAGAUAUUGAUAUAUAAAUAGCAGUUGUUGAUGUUGUUGAUAUUGUAUAUUUUCUGUUAAUAUUUUUACAUAUAUAUUGUUUUUAUUGUUUAUAA